AUGUUGCCUCUCCGUGAGCUGGUCGGUGAUCAAAUCGUGGAGAUCAACGGGAAGCGCGUGGCCGCGUUUGACGAGUUCCUCGAGCAGUUCUUGGCCGCGCAGGUCCAGGGCUUCCCCAUCACCUUCAGUGUGCUCCGACGGGAAGCUCCAGAGCAAGUGCCGGAAGAGGAUCCGCUGGAGAGCUUCUUCAGUGAGAUGGACUUUGCGGAUCUGGCCGGACGGCUGAAAAGCAAGUUUGGCGGGUCCCCCGGCAAGGCCGAGCUGGCAAGCGCGGGCACUGGCAGCUCAGGUGAUGCCAUUUUGGAGAACCCCUACAUCCAGGCUUUGCGCCGGAGGCGCACUGAGCUGAGCAAGAGCCCGGAGGGCUGGAGCGAGGACAGCCCGUCGCUCGCUGCCAAGAUGGCCACGGAGCGCGGGGACGCCCUCGCCACGCUGAGCCGGGCGUCCACCGACACGCCUCGGAGGUUUGACCGGAAACCUGGCCUACUUGAUUGGUCCCUUUGCGUCAUGAGGCCAUGCCACGAGAAGGAGGUCGCCGAUGAGCUUCGGACAACCCCCAGAAUGGACUACGACUACGCGCAGGCGCCAGUGUGGCUGAGCACGAACAAGGUGCCGAAUGCGGUUGUGCUCAGUGCCCGGGGACAGGCAACAUAA